UCUCAUUUUACAGAAGAAGAAGAAGAGGCGCCCUCCCGGCCGUAAGUUCUUUGUGUGCAGCAGGGAACGCGCGUGUUAGCUCAAUAUCGACGGAUUAUCCCAUCCUCCACCUGCGGAUCGAUACCUGGCUCAAUAAGACACAUCAGAUCGCCUGUUCGCUCAUCCGCAGAUACAGUGAACUUCUGAAUCAUUUCCAUGGCGCAAAGACGAGGACACAUCAGGUACCUGAAGGUGUGUGAGGUUCAGAGCUCUCAGGGUGAUGUCAGAGACGCUUCGCUCGCCACUAAAGGAGCUGCUGGAAAUGAGCUGUAUGAUAACGGGUACGCUGAGCAGAUGAUGGAGGACGAAGACGCGCGGACAAACCUGAUCGUGAACUACCUGCCGCAGAGCAUGAGCCAGGAUGAGCUGCGGAGCCUCUUCAGCAGCGUUGGCGAGGUUGAGUCAGCCAAACUCAUCCGGGACAAAGUGGCAGGCCACAGUUUAGGUUACGGCUUUGUUAACUUUGUUAACCCUAGUGAUGCAGAGAGGGCUAUCAGUACCCUCAAUGGCCUGAGGCUACAGUCUAAAACUAUCAAGGUUUCAUACGCACGGCCGAGUUCGGACGCCAUCAAAGACGCUAACCUGUACAUCAGUGGGUUGCCACGGACGCUCAGUCAGCAGGAUGUGGAGGACAUGUUUUCCCACUACGGACGGAUCAUCAACUCCAGAGUGCUGGUGGACCAGGCCUCAGGUCUGUCGCGCGGUGUGGCCUUCAUCCGUUUUGAUAAGCGGGCUGAGGCCGACGAUGCCGUCAAACACCUGAAUGGACACACACCUCCUGGCAGCGCUGAGCCAAUCACAGUCAAGUUUGCUGCCAACCCCAAUCAGGCCAGGAACUCCCAGAUGAUGUCACAAAUGUACCAUGGCCAAUCACGACGUUUUGGGGGACCUGUUCAUCACCAGGCACAGAGGUUCCGGUUUUCUCCUAUGAGCACUGACCACAUGAGCGGAGGGGGCGGGGCAUCAGGGAGCUCGUCCUCUGGUUGGUGCAUCUUCAUCUACAAUCUGGGCCAGGAAGCCGAUGAGGCCAUGCUGUGGCAGAUGUUUGGUCCGUUUGGCGCUGUCCUGAAUGUGAAAGUGAUCCGAGAUUUCAACACCAACAAGUGCAAAGGCUUCGGCUUUGUUACUAUGGCGAACUAUGAGGAGGCUGCCAUGGCGAUCCACAGCCUUAAUGGCUACCGCCUGGGAGACAAAGUCCUGCAGGUCUCCUUCAAGACCAGUAAGGGGCACAAGUAGAGAGGGGGUGGGGUAAAACAAAUAACAGCUGUUUGUUUUGUUUUGUUUUUUUAUUUGUUUUUGUCAGUAUAACUUUUUUUUUUUUUUUUUUUUUAAGGUUGAAGAUUCUUUUUUUUCCCCUCCCAGCAUGCCCCAUUUCUUUAUGAUGUCACUCUAAGCCGAGAUUUCUAUGAGUUGCCGUUUUUCAACAGUGGUGGACUGAAACCUGCAGUAUGAUUGACAGCUGACUUGUAUGGAAGAUUUGCACAGAUUUGAAAACAUUUGGGGGUCAGUGGUCACUGUAAUAACUAAAUUGGCUCUUUUCUGAUUUAAGUGAAAUGUUUGGUUGGUUUUAUGUACAGGAAAACUGAUGUCAUGGUAACUGCUGGCAACUGAUUAAAGGAUUAAAUGCUUCAGACAGGUAAUCUGACGUUAUCAUGUCAGGUGAUUAGGUCAGUGUUAGACGAUUAGUUUCAUGUUGUACAGGUGAUGUACAAUAAAGCACCUGAUGAACAGGUAACUGAUGUGUAGUCAAUUUUCAUUUGUAUUUUAUUUUUGUAUCGCAGCUUCAUUGUGACGUUUAUUCAAUAAAUCUGUUAGUGGAAAACUUUA